AUGUCUUCCAACGAGUCCUCUACUCCUCAACAUGUAACUACCUCUAUACCUGACAAGGGUCUCUCGGCUGAAGCUGUGGGAGAAUUUCUACAAAAGCACAUGGCAGCAGAUAUAUUUCCCUCCCAUGAUCUUGGACGAUUCACGACAACCAAGUUCGAUGAGACUGCCAUCAAUAUCAUGGUUGCAGGUAGUCUACGAAACCAACCAUGCAUUGAGGAGUACCCAUCUCUAGCAGACUUUCGAGAAAAGUGUGUCUCUAUGCUCGCCAAUCUUUGGAAUGCCCCAAGUGGCUUCUUCGGUGCCGCAAUGACAGGGUCAUCCGAAGCUGUUCUUCUCGGUGGUCUCACCAUGAAACGGCAGUGGCAGCUUCGACACCCUUGUCACUUGAACUCCCGUCCUAAUGUUAUCAUCGGCGCGAAUGCACAUAUUUGUGUCAACAAAGUCGCAAAUUACUUCGACGUCGAGGCUAGGAUCGUACCUGUUAAUGAGAAAAGUGGAUAUUCAUUUGAUCUCGAGGGGUUGGAAGAUCGCUUAGAUGAGAAUACAAUUGGUGUUUUCUUGACUCUGGGGUCUACCUACACUGGACAUUAUGAUCCUAUUCAACAAGUUUCAAGAGUACUAGACGAGUACGAGCAUCAAACAGGGAACAAUAUCCCCAUUCACGUUGACGCUGCAAGUGGUGGCUUUAUUGCACCUUUUACUUCCAGCAACACAAAUUUUAUCUGGGACUUUCGUCUCCCUCGCGUCCAAUCUAUCAAUGUUUCAGGACACAAGUUCGGCAGGGCACCACUAGCAGUGGGGUGGAUAAUCUGGCGUGAAAAGUCACAUAUCCCCCAAUGUCUCCUACUCGAGUCUUCCUAUCUCCGGGGAACCCAGAGCAAUUUCUCGUUGAGUUUCUCGAGAUCUGGUGCGCCUAUCGCUGGUCAAUAUUAUAAUUUUCUUCAUUUGGGGCUAGCUGGAUAUCGUGAGAGAACUCAUAUCUUGCUCGACCGGGCUUGCCAUUUGAGUGUCCGGUUGGAGAGGACGGGGUAUUUCUCCUGCUUGAGUGAUGCUCAUCGGCGACAGAUACCAGGUAUCUGUCGUGACCACUGUCGGGAGGGUGGUCAGACCACUGCUCCUGUGCUUCCAGUUGUGGUUUUUAGACUUACUGAUCAUGUCCAACGACUCUAUCCGAAGGUUCAACUAUCCGAUGUGAGUGAUGCAAUGCAUAAUUUCAGAUUCUCUAUCCCAAACUACACUCUUCGUGGCUGGGGAUAUCAUGGUGAAGAUAUCGAAGUCAUGAGAUUAGUGCUUCGUGAUGAAAUGACGAUGGAGAUGAUGGAAGAAGUGGUCACAGGCAUAACUCAGGCAUUUGAAAAGCUAUUAGACCAGGCAUAG